AUGGUGAUGCAUCGUUUUUGGUCCUAUGUUUCGGGUUCGCAAAAUGGUUAUAAGCCUUCGAUGAAGAGCAUCGAAGCGGCGAAAAGUAUCGCCAGCACGCAUGAGACGGCCUCGUUGACGCCGGUGCGCACAAAAUUGGCGGCCGAUGAGCCAAAAACGGAUGAGAAUAACAAUAAUAACAAUAAUGUCGAUCCAGGGGUUCGACCGAAAACGCAUGUGUGUUCGGUGCCGAGUUUUAGGCAGAAUCCAUAUAAAACACGGCAGGAGCAGAAGCUGACACCAACUCCGGCCACUACCCACAUGGAGCACUUGUGUCGUUUGGAUAUUCGCGAGGCGCCGCAUUUGGUCCGUCAAACUGGAAUCAUUUGUACCAUUGGACCCGCUUGCGCUAGCGUCGAAAUGUUGCAAAAGAUGAUUUUGAACGGAAUGAACAUCGCUCGUCUCAACUUCUCGCAUGGAUCGCAUGAGUACCACGCCGGAACGAUUGCCAACGUUCGCGCCGCGUGCGAGUCAUUCUCGGAUCCGCGAAUCGUCGGAAUCGCUCUUGACACGAAGGGACCCGAAAUUCGUACCGGAUUGCUCGCUGGCGGAGCCAGCGCUGAAGUCGAGCUUGUGAAGGGAGCCUCGAUUCGUUUGACGACUGAUCCGCACUUCCAAGAGUCUGGAACAGCUAUUAAUCUCUAUGUUGACUACAAGAACAUCGCGAAGGUCGUUCAGCAGGGCUCGCGCGUCUACAUUGAUGAUGGAUUGAUCUCGUUGGUCGUCGAUGAGGUUCAAAACGAUGCCAUCGUGUGCACAGUCGAGAACGGUGGAAUGCUUGGAAGCCGCAAAGGUGUCAAUCUGCCAGGAACGAUUGUCGAUUUGCCGGCGGUCUCCGAGAAGGACAUCAAGGAUUUGCACUUUGGCGUCGAGCAAGGCGUUGAUAUGAUCUUCGCCUCGUUCAUUCGAAAUGCUGAGGGAAUCCGCACCAUUCGCAAGGUUCUCGGCGAAAAGGGAAAGAAGAUCAAAAUUAUUGCCAAGAUUGAAAAUCAGGAAGGCGUCGACAAGGCCGAUGAGAUCAUCGCCGAAUCGGACGGUGUCAUGGUGGCUCGCGGAGAUCUCGGAAUCGAAAUCCCAUCGGAGAAGGUGUUCCUCGCGCAAAAGAUGCUCAUCUCGAAGUGCAAUCGCGCCGGAAAGCCGGUCAUCUGCGCCACUCAGAUGCUUGAAUCGAUGGUGCACAAGCCGCGUCCGACAAGGGCCGAAGGAUCCGACGUCGCCAAUGCGGUUUUGGAUGGCGCCGAUUGCGUCAUGUUGUCGGGAGAGACCGCGAAAGGAGAAUACCCGGUGGAGGCGCUGAAGAUUAUGCAUUAUAUAUGCAAGGAAGCUGAAGCCGCUGUCUACCACAAGCGCUACUUUGAUGAGCUGCUCAUCAACACGCCGAAGCCGACCGACAUGUCGCACACGAUCGCGAUUGCGGCAACGUCGGCGGCGGUUUCGUGUCACGCCUCGGCAAUCCUUCUCGUCACCACCACUGGAAGAUCUGCAAUUCAAUGCUCUCGCUAUAAGCCGCCAGUUCCGAUUUUGACCAUCUCGCGAGACAUCUCCGUUUGCCGUCAGAUGCAUCUUUACAGAGGUGUGUUCCCGGUUCACUAUCAAGCCGAACGCGCCGCUGACUGGCCGACUGACGUUGACAAUCGUAUUAAUUAUGCGAUCGCGAUCGGCAAAGAUCGUGGAUUCAUCCAUAAGGGUGACUUCCUGGUGGUUGUUACUGGAUGGAGACAGGGUGCCGGAGCCACCAACACUCUUCGCAUCAUUACCGCUGAAUAG